UAUGUACUGGUAUUGAUAUUGGCACUUCAGCUGUGUGUGUCAGGUGACAGUUAACAAAAAUUUUCUUCGAUUGUCUAUAACAAGUUUCCGAGAAGAAGACUAAACAGCAAUUACACGGCGGAUAACAUUGCAUUGGAAGACAAUUUUUUGAAUAGAGAAACUGGCAUGAAAAUGAAUGUUACACAGGUAUCCAAAGCCAACUUUGUGGUUACGAAAAGGAAAAUUUACUAUGCACUUGGAUUUGCAGUAUUUCUUGUUGUAUAUUUCACAGUUAGGGCAAAGUAUUUCGAACGAUCAGACUUUCUGAGACCAGUCACUAGGACAAUCAAGAAUGCCCCUGGGAAGCUGACGGAAAAACGACUCAAGACAAAUGAUGAUAUCUUCUCAGAUAUUUUGGAUAAUGUUCAUGAAGGGGAAAGACAUCACAACCAAAGAAUGGGUGAACAUCAAGUUUUUAUGACAGCUAAUCCUUGGGACAAAUGGAUGCUAGAGAACCCACAUUUACAGUCUGUUGGGGAAAUCUUUAACAGAUGUGACAACAGAACAAGAAAGACAAUAGGAAAGGUUGUCUUGGAGCAAGAUAAAGAAGAUGCAAAACUCGUGAAAAUCUUGAUGCUGCUCAACAUGACUUUUGAUAAACGGGUCACCUCUGGAAAGGCUCAUAUGCUUGUCAAAUACAAAGGACUGGAGAUGUAUGAUAAUGAGCAUGACCUGUGUGAAGAAGCUCUAGAUUUAGACACGCCGCUUUACUGCCCAAUAAGCAAAGGUUACAAGUUGAGGUUACGAAAUUAUAUCAAACUGCCAAGUUACAUUCCAAAGGGCCAUUAUGUAAUUAGGUCUAGGGUAACAGAUCAAGAUGAAAAAGAAUUCGGUUGCAUUGAAGCAGAAGUCAUGACGGGAAAUGAUAAGUCCUGAUCACUCAGAAUGCAUAAAUCAAAAGGCUAUGCAUAAAUUUAAUGCAUUGGAGUAAAAGACACUGCUCGAAGUAGCCUUCAUCUACACUUGAAAAUGGAAACUGGCUGUAUUUUCACAGCAUAUGUCAGCAAAACAACAAUGGUGUUAAAAGCCAAGGUCAUUUUAUUGUUUUUAACUAUGUAGCUACAAUUGUUAAUCGCCAAUUUAUGGACAAGUAAUUUUUUAACACAAUUAAGCAUCCAAUGCAAAAAACCUUUCCAAUAAACUGCUUUACAAUUUGGUAGAUUAUUAUUUUCGUUCCUUUGUUCAUCGGAGCAUUUUUUAGUUUUAAUAUUUUCUUACAAAAUAGCACUACAAUUCACGAAGAUUCUAUUCGAGUUUUGUGCGUAGUAGAUAACGUCGAAUUGCUCUCCAACUGACACUUGAAAUUAUUUCAAUGAUUUUUGGUAAUAGUACCUUUUCCUAAUAUUUCCUGCUUGUUUAUAAGAUUGAGCAUUGUCACUUACUCAGCUUUGGCUAAUUCGUUUAUGGAUGUCAAUUUUUUCGAUUUAUUUAUUUAUUAUGUUGACGCUUUUCUUACAAUUCUUAUAAAUUUUAAGCAUUUUAUGUGAUUUCCUAAUUUAUUUUUUUACAAGGUAUGGGUUUGCGUUGGGAUUUUUGAGUAUUUUUGUAUAAAAGUGAAAAGGAAGAAGCGAAACUCUCAAUUCAUAAACAGUCCCUUGUUAAAUACGGUCGAGAUUAGCUAGUUAACAGCUAUCUCUUUGUUUCUUUGUUGUCAAAAUUUCAAAUCCAACAGACUUUCGAAUGAAAAGCUGAGGACAAAGCUACACAAUGGAGAUUGUCCGCUGUUCCAUCAAAUAGUAGUUUUCCUCUUCCUUUUCCACGAUUCAGCGUUAUAGUUUGGGCUGCAAAUGGGAGGGCUAUCAGAAAUCGAUGAUCAUACUGUUAUGCAACAGGGAUAUCGUAAUCAAGGAACGUAUUUUCUUGCAUGCCUGAAAGCUCUCCGUUACUUCUCCUAGGUAUAUCGCCAUUAAGAUCUUACAGUAUGUAUGUUGACUUCAAUCAUACUGUUUGUAACUCUUCUAUCUUUUCACUUAUUUGGUUAGGACUCGUGGAUUUUAAUGAAUUCGUAAAGCAAAUAGAUAUUGACUAGAGACGAUAGGCAUGCUAUAAUAGUUUCUCUCAUAUCUUGUUCUAGACUUAAAUUUUAUCAACUUCGAAUAUUCUAAUCAUUAGCAAUAAUUUUCCUUAGUCCCUUCUUAUUAACUUUUAAAAGAUGCUGAACAAAUCUCCAUUUAAGGUAAUAUUUCAGCGUUUAACAGCUGGGGACAUUUCUAAGAACAUUCAUUUACCUGCAAAGUAUCCCUAGAACUCGAAAGCAUCUUGAGUUUGGUUGGUUUUCUAUUUUAAUCAUAUAUUGAUCCUUGUCAAAUGUCUGUGAUGUUAUUCAUUGCGAGCAAGUAAAAUUCCUUAUUGAGUGCUGCAUUGUUAAACCUGGAUAACAAAAUUUGUUGAUUGUUAUGAAAUUAAAAAUUUGUCGUGAUAACGCUUCAUUGUCUUGAAAAAACAGUUUGUUUUUAUUUUGUCGUUUUCUGCUCGUUUUGAAAUUCAAGUCAACGCUAAUCAUGACGGCAUUUCUCAAAACUUGUAAAAUGAAUCCUUUUUCUAAAAGUUAGCCAGUUUUCAAGAUAUCUACAGAAGAUCGAAAUAAAAUGGCACUAAGUAGAAGGAGUUAGUAGAAGCUGGGAGUUAUCUUUAAAAUGUCCUUUUUACUCAAGUCUGCCCUCCAUGCCCCUUGGUCGUUCCAGCGUCCAAGCCAGCACCUCUUAAUGAAUUUUCUCAAGAUUUUAGGGCGUGUGUUUCAGAAAUGAAUUGAAAUUCUGGCCGAUUUUUUACGUUUCAAACAGGCAAUCCACAUUAAUUAUUAUCUGACUUUAAAGAUCUGCAGAAAAUUAAUUAUCGAGUACGUUUUGAUUGAAAAAUUUUUGGUCUGGAAAUCAAAUCUCCAAGUAAGGUUUUUGGCUAUCUUAAUCUUUAAAUGCUGAAAAUAGUAACCUUUCCAUAAUCAAAAUAA